AAAACCAAAAGAAAAAUCAUUUUUUGCAUAGUUGAUUUCAUUUCGGUUCAUAUUUGCAUAUUUAUCGGUUUUGUUUUAAUUAGUUUACAUUGCUGCAUUGUUAUUUUGCUAAACCAGAACUUCCCUAUUCUUCACUUGAUCUUUGAGAGUGUUUUCAGGAAGCCAUGGUAGGAGAAACACCCGGACAAAGUCAGAUGGCCAAGAAGAGCCAACAUUUGACAGCUUUGCAAGAGGUUGAACAGAUUGCUCAGUUGAGGAAAAGAAGAAAGGCACAAGGCCAACGUCCACAGCCAGGAGAAAGAAGAUUUGGAGAUGCACCAGAGGCUGUCUAUGUCGAGCCCAAGCCACCAGAUCCUUCAAGGAUCAAUAAAAAUCCAAAUUCUAAAACCCCCAAACUUAAUGUUGUUAAUUCUCAUUUUGAUUAUAACUCUUUUGCUAAUAAAGUUGAACUCUUUAAAUUUUCAGGAAAAAGAGGUUAUCUUAGAUGGGAGAGGAACCUUGAUGAAUGGUUUCACUACAACAACAUCUUGAAGGAAGAAAGGCUAUCUUAUGCCAUUGAACAUCUAAAAGGAGAUGCCUUUAAAUGGUGGGUUCAAGAAGUAGAUGAUAGAUGGUUUUACAAGGAGCCAACUAUCAAAACGUGGGGAGAACUUAAGAAAGCCAUGAGGUAUGAGUUUGCACCAGAUUUUACAACAUCUCAAAUCAAGGAGAAGUACCCAAGGAGGUAUCCAACUCAUGGUUCCCAAGAAGCAAGAGAAGAUGUGCCCAAAGGAGGUCAUAGAAGCUUGAUCCAUCAAGACCAGAUUCGGCCAAGCAGGAGACCCACGGUUUUCUAUGAUAAAUACCAACUUAAUGAGGUCCCAAAGACUAUGGAGAAGAAGGGGUUUGUCAGCCAAGACACAUUGGCCAGACUCAAAGAAAAAUCAGACAAACCAAUUUUUCAAGAAAAGGCCAAGGUAAGUCCUAUACUUGAUAAAUUUGUUUAUGAAUCAUCUCCCACUGGUAUAAGUCACUUGUCUUUGUCAAAGGAUGUUAAGGCAGGUACUGAGGUCCAGAGAAACACAAUCUCCACAUCCUUGUUGGACUCAAAAAAUUUCCAAGAUUUAUGUCCAAGGAGUAAAGAGAUUUCAAAUCCAAAGAAAGAAGAGGCACCAAGCCAAGAUAAGUCUUCUAACUCUAAGGAUUUAAAAGAACAGAUAUGUUAUAAAUGUCAUAAAAAAGGACACUUUGCU